CAUUUCUCGAAACAGAAAUUUAAUACUGUAAAUUAUAGUGCCUUUAUAACAUUAAAAACAUAUAUAUAUAUAUUAUGCUUUAAUUAUUUCAAAAUGAAUAGUUUUGUAAAUUUUUAUUACCAAUGACCGCUAGUGAGACGAAAUUAUUACUUAAAAGUAGACAGAAUAAGUCGAUUGGUUGUGUGAUUGAAUGUGUGUUAGAUAAAAAUCAAAAUAAACGAAUUAUGAAUGAAUCGAAAAAUGAUAGUGGACAAGAUGUUUUUUUUGAAAUUCCCGUAAUUAUAACAUCAUCGCCAUCCACCGAAUCGGAGGCAUCAAGAAUGUAUAGAACUGUGAAGCUACCGGGUGAUUCCGAUGAAGAGAUCGAUACAUCCUUCAUAAAUAACAACGACAAUAAUAAUGCAAUAAACCGUCGAAUAUCUGCCAUACGAUCACUGAGCCCAGGCAAUUUGAAUUCAUCGAAUGCUUCUAGAGGUAAUGUUCGAAGAUGGUCUCAGUCUCUAACAAAUGCUUCCAAGGCACGAAACCGAUUACCAACCAUCAAUAUGAUGCCAUCGCGUUUACAAAAGUUACGUACGCUAUCUAUGGAUGGUCAACUGCAUCGCAUUGUGGAUGAUGAAUCGGACUUUGAACAAUUUGUGCAAGAAAUAGAGCAAUAUGAUUACUUAAUGGAGGACAGUGCAACAGCGGCGCAAAUGCGAAACAAAAUAAUGCAAUCUCUUCCACAAACACUGUCUGUUAAACGUCAAAUCAAAGCAAGAGUGACGCUGAUUGUAAAAGAAAGAAGCCAAAGAAUAGGAAUGAAUCGAUGGAAAAGAGCACUGCACUUCUUCGGCCUGUGUUCGACCCAGUGUAAACUGAUAGUUCGUAGUUUCAUGCGAAAUCUAAAUGUAUGGAAUGAUUCAUUGAAGGAAAUUGAAGGCACUUUUGGCGCUAGUGUUCAGACGUAUUUUCGUUUUUUUCGUUUGCUCUUCAUUGUUAACCUAUUUCUCAUGGCCAUUACAUUCAUAUUCAUAGUCUUCCCGCAAAUGUUGGGUGAUUACUUCCAGCAAAGAGAUGAUGCAGUAUCUCCAAGAUCACAUGCAACUAAUGUGGAUGAGCUAAAGAACGAUGAAAUCAGUGUUCUCGAUAUCAUUACGGCAGAGGGUUCACUAGAGAAUUCAACGUUGUUCUAUGGAGCAUACACUGAUCAGAGAAUAAAACUGUAUGGUUUCAGUACGUACAGUCUACCAUUUGCCUAUUUAAUGACGAUGGUUUGUUUUUAUGCUCUAACAUUCAUCACAUUCUCAAUAACUACGGCUGAAUCUUAUCGAAAGUCAUUCAUAGCAACAUCCGGCGGCGAAGUUUUACGAGCGCACAAACUGUUUUGCUCUUGGGAUCUGGCAAUUUCAAAUCAAAAAGCGGCUGAAAUGAAACAUCACAAUAUUUAUAUUGAGCUGAAGUCAAUCGUGAACCAAAUAUAUGAUAACGAAUAUUCCCUGUCGAUUCAGCAUAAAAUGUGCAGUUAUAUGGUGUCAUGUGUGAUUUGGAUAUUUGUUAUCUUUAUUCUGAUCGUCAUCGGCAGUUCGAUAGUUUUCUUGAAAGAUAUCACAGAGUAUUUCGGUGACAAUGGUGAUUUUUAUACGACUUAUAUUGAGAACACCCCGUUAUUUAUUCCUGUAAUUGCGGUACUUCUAAUUUUACUGUGUCAAUUCCUCUUCGAGUGUUUAGGAUCUCUGGAAAUCAAGAUCGUUCGAAUGUACAGGUCGCCUCGAUCUCAACUGCAUAUAGCACUAGUUCGUAAUUAUUUAUUGAACAUUGUUACAAUCAGUUCGUUGGCUUGGUUUUGGUUGACGAAUUCAGGCGAAAAGAAUUGCUGGGAGACUUAUUUCGCUCAAUGUAUUUAUCGUCUUAUACUAAUUGAAUUUGUGAUUGUCGUUUGCAUUGGUUCAGUAUUUCGUUUAAUUCGAUUUUUGAUUUACAAACAUCUGUGGUCCAAUAUCGGACUGUCUGAGUUCAAUAUAUCACGAGGUUGUCUGGCUCUGAUUUUCAAUCAAACACUUCUGUGGAUCGGAAUCUUUUUCUCGCCACCACUUGCAGCUGUCAUUGUUUUGAAAAUGGUUGCGACCUUUUAUUUGAAGAAAAUGGUAUUGAUUAACUUUUGUAAACCGCCUUCGAAACUUUGGCGUUCUUCACAAACCUUUACACUAUUUUUGGCGAUGAUAUUUGUAUCCUUGACAAUUGUGAUUGUCAUUGCACUAUAUGUCUUGACUCAAAUGACCGUUAGUAAAACGUGUGGACCUUUCCGAAAUCGCAUUUCCAUGUUUUACGUUCUUCGUGAGGAUAUUUUGGGUCUCAGAGGGAAUUCAUUUGAAGAUCACUUUUUCUAUCAAUUUUUCAUGUUUCUUCUUCGACCCGCUGCCAUUGGAUUGCUUUUAUUGACUUUAUGUGUGCUCGUCUACUAUUUGCGUUCGAAAUCAAGGGCUCGCAUUGAAAUGGUGAAAUUGCUCAAACAAAUGCUUUACACAGAAGCCAAAGAUAAAGAAUUCUUGUUGGCCAACAUAACACGGAUAACUCAAAACAAUGAGUGGCUUCUGGAUGAUUUCAUGAACCAAUCGCAAUUACUUAAACUACACAAGAAAAACGGAAACUUAUUCGCCGAUCAAGUGAACGGCAAUUCUUCGGUACCAAUCGAAGACGAUGACCAUCAUCAAAAAUAUAGAAAAGCGCGGUUCAACGGAAGAUUGACUAACAAGGGUAUAGAAAAAACCAUACGAAAACGACGAUCAUCAACUUUUGAAUAGACUUCAAAUCAGCAAUAAUAUUUUCUUCGAUUGUUACUUAAAUUUCGAUUUUAUCUGCUUUUACAAAGAUAGAAUAGUUGAGCAACUGAAUUUACGUUAUUGUUUUCUAUAGUUUUAUUGAAUUUGGUUCAGGUUGUGA